UCAGUCAUUUGCACACGCCCCUCUCUUUUCGCCUUCAGUCUUGCUCAGCGGCGUUAAUUCCCAUCCCGAGGGAAGACGGAUUCUGCCUGUCUGAAACCCCUCAAACAUCCUGGCUACGCAUGUUUUUGCUCUUGACUCGAGCACAACGCGCUUGAAGUCAUCCUUCCCUUCGAAGUCUUCCUCGUCAUCAAGCUCGUCGUCCCGGUCUUCCUCCCCAGCUCCCUUGAACGGCACCUCUUUGGUGAGGAAGUCGAUAAGGAAGUUCGCCGCUUGAUGCAACAACAGUGGUCGUUCUUGCCACACCCGAUUGUUGACGAGCUCCGUCAUGAUACACUCCUUGCCCUUGGUCAGGAGGCCGAUUACCCGAUGAUCCCCUUGACCGGCAAGGUGUCUCCUGACCAGAACGACUUCAGCUCGCACCUGGCCAAGCUCUUGCGGGAGGUCGGUGCCAGGCGCUUUCACCUCGAUGACGACUGACAUCGACUUCAGCACGUCUUGAACAGGCAGGGCAAGUCGGCGUUUGUUGUCAUGGAACCAUACGUACUCCUUUGGCACAAUGCAGAUGUCACCGGGAGUGCCUCGGAGGCCAUGGGGUGGCACUGCAUUGACGUCUUUCUCCAACUCACACUUGGACUUCCUGACAUCCGCUUGAGCCCAGCAGUCACUGCCGGCGCUGUGCAGCUGGUCGAACACCUUUGGCAGAAGUUUAUCUUGCAUGUACUCCACGACCGCGUCCUCGUCUCCAACUGAGAGCAAACAAGAAGCCAGAAGUGGAUCACGCAAAGAUGGAAGCGUCAAAGUGUAUUUCUCAUGCCUGUUGGUGGGUCGAAAUCGUUCUCCUUGCAUGGCUCCUCUCUGACUUGAAACUCCCACAGUUUGGUGGUGAGGCCGAAGGUUGCGUCGUGCUGGGGAACUUCGGAGAUCCGAUACGAUUUUACCUGCUCUCUCACAAGCACACACGAAACUCAAGAUUCCUUCGUGUGCAGUCCAUGUUCGUCUAUUAGUACCUCCUGACGAAGUCUGGCGAUAAUCGGUGUGUCCUUCUCGUCCCCACACGGUGACGGCAACAGUUCUGAAACCAACAUCGCAUCGUCCGCCUCUACCUCGUUGCCGUUGACGACCAGGACGAUGUCAGUCACCGCCACAUCGGAGCGGAGCUUGUUGUGGAUGGCCGUUAUCAAUUCCAUGCUGCAGCCGGUUCUCUCGUGGUAGUACACCCGCCAUGACUUAUUCCAGUCCUCAAACUUAAUCCACUUGAGCGUUUCCUCCACGGUCAGAGCUUGGAGCUGCUCUGUCACACCCUGCACGUCGACUUGCAUCUCUCUUGCCUCUCCCAUGUCACUCCUCGGCCGCUUCCCCUUCCCUGAGCGUCCCUCUUCCAUGUCCAUGAGGAGCGAAAGUGAGCCCUCGCCGGCUCCCAGACGACGGCACCCUGAAUGCACACAUACACACACACACACACACACGUGAUACACGCACACGGGCGUACACAUGGCAGCUUACUGAGCUUACUGACGUUUUCUCUUCUUCUUCUUCUCCCGUUUCAGAGAGUACCCUAGGCUGCAUGACGGCGAAGUCCUGUGUCGCUGACCUAACACGCAACAUGCACCCUAACAUGCGACACGGACACGGAACGCGCAGCACGCAGAGGGCAGAGGCAGCAAACAUGCAAUGCCUCGGUCGGUCGGACUCGGUUUAGGGUUUGACGAGACCUGUCCACACACCGCAAGAGGACUUGACCGUCAGGCCGCCUAGGGUGCUCCGUGAAACCGCUGUCCCUGGGCCCGGGUGAAAAAACACGAGAAGAGCGGACCCAGAGGUGGUCGUACAUCACCAUGAGAUGUUACAGGCGGAGAGAUCCUUGGCGGUGCGGAGAACUCUUUGUUCCUCGUCCGCGGUUUCUUCCUCGUCCAGCGGUUUCAGGUUCAU